CUCUUCGAUGUAUUCUCACGCGAAACGAUUAAUACUUAUCCGCUCGUUAUUUUGUUGCAAAAAUGACUAACGCUUUACCAUCGUUCGCCGUUCGCAACAAAGAUACAUUAACGACGUUCGAACGGCAAAUAAUAAAUUAUUUAUAGCUGAUUCUCGAUUGCAAAAAAACAAUGAAAAAAGGAAGUUGAUCAACGCCGUGAUUCCCAUUAAUUAUUCAUUUUCGCUUUCAUUGAUUAUUCACUUUGUAAAAACCGAAUCGCCUUCGAUGAAAGGAAAAAUACUUGUGAAAAAUUGUAAUCAGUACGUACGUAACAAGAGUCGGUCGAGCAAGCGUAUAUCGGUUUCAGUUCUUUACGAUUUUGUUCACUUUGCUAAUAUCUCUUUUUUCCUCUUAUUUCUUUCGUGUGACAGACAGUUUUUGCACGACUAGUUCGUUGACAAUCAAAUUUCUUUCGAACGGAACAUACAAACAUUUAUUUAUCCGACGUAUACGUUCGAUUUGCUCGCAAUCGUAAUUCGUUUUUACGAAAGAUGAAAGAGAUAAGCAUCUUUGUACUGCUAAGUCGUAACGCGCUCGACAGUUUCAGUUCAAUUUCGCUCAGAAGAUCGUCGUCCCGAUCGCAACGUUCUUUCAUAAGCACGCGAUAAUCGAGAAAAGAAGAAGAUAAAGAGGGAGAUAGAAAACGGUCGUUUAUUCGUAAAUCUGAAAGUCGAGGGAUAAAAGGCGAAGGGAAGUGCGAAUAGAAUGAAAACGGGUGGAUAGAAGAAAUGCGAGAGCCCGGCAGAGAGACGGUGGUGACAACAAGACUUUGCGACUAUAGCCGGUUGAAUCUCGUUAAUUUAAUUUUAAUACGAAUCAAGCGUUUACGCGCGGUCAUUCGGCUAAGCGCGAAAACUCGGUAAAAUCCAUCGUUUUUGGGAGAAGACGAAGAUCGGAGGUACGAUGCUCGACGAGACAAAAGUAACGCAAUAGCAAGAACGAUGGAAAACUCUGUAGGAUUACCAAUCGACUAUAUCACGUACGCGUUACCAGCCUGUGACGGCCUGAUCGACAACUUCACCGAUCACUCUCGUGGCGUCAACCACACCCCUCACGCUCGGCCAUGGCGCAACAUAAGCGAAUUCGCCCAACUAAUUUCCACCGGCGUCCUGAACAACGUGACUUGCCUGAAUCACGCUCCACAGCUGACUAGAGUGGUGGUGAUGAAAGUGAUCGUGCUCUCCGUGAUCGCUAUCCUCAGCUUCGUGGCGAACGUCGCGACUAUCUACUCUAUCGCGAUAAAUCGACGAAAGCAACACGCUUGGUCGGCAAUUUACACGUUGAUCCUGCAUUUAACAGUGGCCGAUCUGUUGGUCACGGUGUUCUGCAUGGUAGGGGACGCGGUGUGGAGCUACACCGUGGCUUGGAUCUUCGGCAACGUCGCCUGCAAGUUGUUCAAAUUCGCACAAGUGUUCAGCUUGUAUCUAAGCACCUUUAUACUGGUGCUGAUCGGAGUGGACAGGUUCUUUGCUAUACGAUACCCGAUGAAAGGCAUGAAUACCGCUGACAGGUGUCUCAAGUUUGUCGUUCUGGCGUGGAUACUGUCCUUUAUAUUCGCAUCGCCUCAGAUUAUCAUAUUCCAUGUAGUUCAAGGACCGUUCAUCGAAGAUUUCAAACAAUGCGUGACCUACGGAGUUUACACGGAACCUUGGCAGGAACAACUUUACGGAUCCUUCGUUUUGUUUUUCAUGUUCCUUGUUCCUCUCGCUAUACUCGUCGCUACCUACGUUUCCACCGUAAUCACAAUCUCUCGAAGCGAAAGGAUAUUUAAAUUGAAGCUAACCAAUAACGAUAUACGUCACGUAAAUGGGAAUAUAAACCGAAGAAAAUUAAUGCAUCGAGCAAAAGCCAAAUCAUUGAGAAUCAGCAUCGUUAUUAUAGCUGCUUUCAUCAUCUGGUGGACACCGUAUUAUACGAUGAUGAUCAUUUUUAUGUUCCUGCAUCCUGACAAACACCUCAGUAAAGAAUUACAAAGCGUGAUCUUCUUUUUCGGCAUGACCAACAGUUUGGUAAAUCCUUUGAUAUAUGGCGCGUUUCAUCUGUGGCCGCGAAGGAAACGUUCCAUUCACAGAGAAUUGUCUACCACGCAACGCAGACUUACGCCAACCAGCUAUGAAGGUAACGGCAAACGAGAACCGCGAGAAACACGAACACCAUUUAUACCGAAAAAUAAUUUAUAUACUAAUAUCUGAUCAGAGUUAACGAAAAGAUUAAUUACAACAAAUUCAGUCGUAUUCUUUUGUUAGAGAAUUCAACAUUUUUAUAUUCUUUGCGUCCGUACGUCGAUGAUCAACGGUAAUCACUAAAAUUUAUACUUAAAGUUUAUCGUCGUAUCUAGUCCUUAGUCUUAAGUAUAUAUUAAUUAAGAUUACGCUGCAUCUAUCGCCAUUGUAUACGAAACGUCGAGUAUCUAAAUGUGAAUUAAGUGUUUGAAAAUAGCAAUAGUAAAAUAACGGUAUAAGAACUAAGUAUAAGCAGUAAUAUAAUAUAAUUGAUGUACAUAAACAAUAUUUACAUAUAUGAUAGUAUUAUAAAUAAAAAAGAUCCACGUUAUAAAUUC